GCCCCCUUUCAUCCCCGCUCUCCCCUCUCUCUUGCCCACCGAUUUCAGAACUCCGAUGACGAGGCUGUCCAAAAUUUUCCCAUCCCGCAAAAAUCCUCGCCCAAUUCAAUCAAAACCCUCUUCUUCUUCUUCUUCUCCCGUUACUCCAAUUGAUAUCAACAGCAAACAGAAAGGAAAAAGCUUAGCACUUGCUUCAUCUCCAUCGUCCCCUCCAAAACCUGAGAUCAAGAGGCGGGGAGCUUCGCAGUGGUCUGUGUAUCUUAUCAUCUCCACGCGAUUGCCCAAGACUUAUGUUGGAGUCACCACUGACUUCUCUCGCCGUCUGAAACAACACAAUGGUGAAUUAAAAGGUGGAGCUNUUCUUGCAUGCAUUAUUCGAGGAUUUAAAGACCAAAGUGAAGCUUGUGAGCUUGAAUACAAAUGGAAGAGCAUAUCCCGUAAGAUGCCACGGAAAAGGAGCAAGGACCAUCAAGCCUCAAAUUUAUUAUUGCAGCACCGUGAAGCUGCUUUAAGUAAAGCUAAGCCAUUGCUGGAUUGCGACCAUUUACAAAUUGACUGGCAGUUGAGCACUUCUUGAUUUAUUCCCACAAAGUUGCUGUAAAGCUCACACCUAACGUAUUGGUUACGAUGCAAAAAGGAGCGUACGAGCCAAGUGAAGAUAGACCCCAAAUCUAACAUCCAUAUAAUUGCCUAAGCCGAUGCUUGGGACUCAUGUUAAGACUACGUUAUCACUUGGAUUGGACCUUGGGCAUAUUAUCCACUACCUGAAAGUUUUAGAGGAACAUGGGUUCAACCUGGAUGAGAUCCUGCAGACUCAGCCCUUUGCCUUGAUAUGGAGUUGCGAUUGAGACAACAAGCCUUUUAUAGCUCAGAGUGAUCCUCUCUCUGCACUCCCUUGCUCUCAGGC